AUGAAAGUGUGGGCAGCUCUGUUGUUGCUGUGUGUGGCUGCGAAGGCAUUACGAAGGAUCACUCUGAAGAAAAUGCCGUCCAUUCGAGAGACUCUUAAGGAGACAGGCAUCAGACAAGAGGAAGUGUUUGCAGUACUUGCACCAAAGUUGAAUGCCAGUCCUUCACUUCAUAAUGGCACAGCCCCAACACCUCUUACCAACUAUCUGGAUACUCAGUACUUUGGGGAGAUUAGUAUUGGUACACCAGCACAGAUGUUCAACGUCGUGUUUGAUACCGGGUCUGCCAAUCUUUGGGUUCCUUCCCAGAGCUGUUCUCCACUAUAUACAGCAUGCUUUACUCAUAACAGAUAUGAUUCAUCUAAAUCUCAUACGUAUAUUGAAAACGGGACAGGAUUCUCCAUCCAGUAUGCUUCUGGAAAUGUGCGGGGAUUUCUGAGUGAGGAUAUAGUUGUGGUGAGUGGGAUUCCAGUGGUGCAGGUAUUUGCAGAGGCCACAGCUCUCCCAGCUAUCCCGUUCAUCUUUGCAAAGUUUGAUGGUGUGCUGGGAAUGGGCUACCCAGGUGCAGCUAUCGGUGGCAUCACACCAGUGUUUGAUCAGAUUAUGUCCCAGGGUGUGCUGAAAGAGGACAUUUUCUCUGUGUAUUACAGCAGAGACCCAGAACGCAACCCGGGAGGAGAACUUGUGUUCGGCGGCAUUGAUCCGAAUUACUAUACGGGAGCCUUCCACUACGUCAGCACCAAGGGCGAGGGGAAGUGGGAGGUCAUUAUGAAGGCUGUAUCCGUAGGUGAAGAGACAUUGUUUUGUACAGAAGGCUGUAAGACCAUGAUUGACACGGGCUCCUCCUACAUCACUGGCCCCGCCUCUUCCAUCUCAAUUCUGAUGAAGACGAUCGGUGCCGUGGAGCUGGCAGAGGGAGGAUAUACCGUGAACUGUAAUCUGGUGAUGUCCUUACCCAGUGUGACCUUUCACCUUGGUGAUCAGGAGUAUCCUCUGACACAGGAAGACUAUGUUCUCUGGCAAUCACAGUUUGGGGAGGACAUCUGCACUGUGACAUUCAGAGAGCUAGACCUUCCACCUCCUGCUGGUCCUGUCUGGAUCCUGGGGGCUAAAUUCAUUGCACGAUAUUACACAGUGUUUGAUCGAAAACACAACCGCAUUGGCUUUGCACAAGCAGUGUGAUGUUCUCCAGGGUCUUCCAGAGCCAUACCACACCACACCUCAC